UUUCAUUACCAUAAUCCAUUAUCUAGUGCAAAUUUAGGAAUGGACUAAUCCCAUUCCCACCUAUACCUUUUAUCUUCCCCUUGAAUUUAGCUUUCUCCUGCCCAGAAGAUAUUCUGGAAUGAAAUGAGCAGAAUCAGAAGAUAAACCCAACUCUUCUUCUUCUUGUUCUACUCGAAAAUGUCAAUAAUUAGCACCAUAAAUCAUAUUCCUAAUUCUAGAACUUUCCUCUUUUCGUCGCUUUCAAUCUUAUCUCUUCCUUCCUCUUAUCUUCACCAGACCCAGCAAAACCCAUAUCCGCAACAGCGUCGUUAUUGUUGCGCCGCCAUUAAAACUGGUAGUCAAGAACCUUACAGUCCUGAUUUGUUAAAGAAGCCGGACAUCUCUCAACAGUCUUCUGAAAGUAGUGAUGAAGAUGAUUCUGAGAAAUUUGAAAGGGUAGUUGGGGAUGUAGAUAAAUGGAUUGAUUGGGAAGACCAGAUUUUAGAAGAUACUGUUCCUCUUGUGGGUUUUGUUAGAAUGAUUCUUCAUUCUGGAAAAUAUCAAAGUGGAGAUAGAUUGUCUGCUGAGCAUGAGAGAACAAUUCUGGAGAGAUUGCUUCCUUACCAUCCUGAAUAUGAAAAGAAAAUUGGAUGUGGAGUUGAUUACAUCACUAUCGGAUAUCAUCCUCAAUUCCAAGAUUCUCGAUGUAUGUUCAUUGUUCGCAAGGAUGGUGAACUUGUUGAUUUUUCAUACUGGAAGUGCAUCAAGGGGCUCAUUAGGAAAAAUUACCCACUUUAUGCCGAUAGUUUUAUCCUCAAGCAUUUUCGACGGCGUAAACGAUAUGAAUGAAGCUGGAGUACAACUGAGGAUCCCGAGGUUAAAAGAGGCAUUGCACCCAGCAGUACCAAUAAACAACGUUCUUAUUUUGGUGGGAGCUUUCGAAGGCUUAGUCAGAUCAGAAAUGUGCAGGAGCUGCUGAAAGCAACUAGGUACAAACGGCGUACCGUUUUGUUAUUAGUUGACUUCAUUUGUUGGUUAUAAUAGUAGAUUUCUGGCCUAUACAUCCCCCAUCCAUAACCAUCGACAUUGUCGACUUGGGGCCUCACUCCUCGUCUCUUGUUGUAGAAAAUUACACUAGAUCCCGAAUGAUGCCAUUGUUUUCUGUUUCAUAUUUUUUUUCUCGUAUGUGUAGUAUUUGUUAUGUGUUAGAAAACGACAACUACUAGUACCGGUGCCGAUACCAACAUUUAGGAAUUCGUAAACUGAAUCAGUGGUUCAGUUGGUCUCUCCUUUGAAGGGAGAGUAGGUAUGAUCUUCAAUAGCUUUAUGAUAAUGUAAUGUAAUGGAGUAAUGAACUUGAUGAGCACCGCAUAUUAUAAGUUAUCUUUUAAGCA